AUGGAGCAGGAUGUGGAGAGCCCAGCCAUCAACAAACCAAAGCCCAAGUUGCCAAAGCAGGCCCGUGAGAACCUGCCUAAACCGCUGGGGGAAAUGGACAGAGAAAGGAAGGUCCAGCGCUACGUCCGGAAAGACGGGAAGUGCAACGUCCACCACGGGAAUGUUCGAGAGACAUACAGGUAUCUGACGGACAUUUUCACCACGCUCGUAGACCUCAAAUGGGGGCUCAACCUCUUCAUCUUCGUGCUGGUGUACACAGUGACCUGGCUCUUCUUUGGCUUCAUGUGGUGGCUCAUUGCUUACCUCCGGGGCGAUCUGGACCAUAUAUCAGACAAUCAGUGGACUCCAUGUGUCAAUAACCUCAACGGGUUUGUAUCAGCUUUUCUCUUCUCCAUUGAGACGGAGACGACCAUCGGUUAUGGGUAUAGAGUCAUCACAGACAAAUGCCCCGAGGGGAUACUUCUGCUUUUAAUUCAGUCAGUGCUGGGAUCUAUCGUGAAUGCCUUCAUGGUGGGUUGCAUGUUUGUCAAGAUCUCGCAGCCCAAGAAGCGAGCUGAGACUCUAGUGUUUUCCACCAAUGCGGUAAUCUCAAUGAGAGACGGACGACUGUGCCUGAUGUUCAGAGUCGGAGACCUCCGGAACUCGCACAUCGUGGAGGCGUCGAUCAGGGCCAAGCUUAUCAAGUCUAAGCAGACCAAGGAAGGGGAAUUCAUCCCUUUGAACCAGACGGACAUGAAUGUGGGUUACAACACGGGGGACGACAGGCUCUUCCUGGUGUCACCGCUCAUCAUUUGCCAUGAGAUAAACCAGAACAGCCCCUUCUGGGACGUCUCCCAAGCCCACCUGUCCAGGGAGGACCUGGAGAUAGUGGUGAUUCUGGAGGGGAUGGUGGAGGCCACAGGCAUGACGUGCCAGGCGAGGAGCUCGUACAUCAGCAGAGAGAUCAAGUGGGGCCACCGCUUCACACCAGUCCUGACAUUAGAGGACGGCUUCUACGAGGUGGACUACAACAGCUUCCAUGACAUCUACGAAACCAACACACCCGCUUGCAGUGCCAGAGAGCUGGCUGACAUGAUGAACCGCGCCCGGCUGCCCCUGACCUGGUCACUGGCCAGUAAGCUGAGUCAGCAGGGGCUGCAGGAGUCCGAGCAGGAGGGUCAGGAGACCAAGACCUGCACGGACAGCGAGGGUAAGGGUCAGCAGACUGAGCGGAACGGGGACGUUGCCAAUGUAGAGAGCGAGUCCAAAGUGUAGCCGAUGUAACAGGAGAGGAGGAGGGAAGGACGGCAAAUUUAAUGCCCAUAUGAGAUUAGUGGACUGUAUUCUACGCCUCCCGUUUGGGAUGACCCCACAAAGUUGAAAAGCACAGUGUUAAUUUGAGGACCAAUGAGCACAGUAGACCAAGUUUCCUGCACCAAGAUCCGCUUUAACUCAGUGAUUAAUUUACCCCCCAAAAUCAACAAGUAAACAUCUUGACAUGUGGCCCACCGCUGAACUGAAACCCCUUCGCGGCAAGUGCAUGUUUCAAAUAUAAUAUGAUGUCCUCCUGAUGAGAUUCCUAUAAUUUUUUCUAUUAAAAACAUU